GGGGGCGUGGGGUAAAAGACAUUAAAUACAAGUCAAAUUCAGCAUUCUCUGAGGAUCACUCAGUCUCAGAAACACCAUACUGCUGAAGGAGUGCUUUAUUCAAGGACUUGUGGGACAACAUCUGGAAUCUGGGUAGAAAGCAAACAAUAAGGAUUACGAACAGAAGCACUUCAGCAAUGAUAUGGCCGCUGUAACAAAGAAAAACAAGCGGGAUGGAACAGAAGUCACAGAGAGACUUAUUACAGAAACUGUUACCACCAGACUGACAUCUCUUCCUCCAAAAGGAGGCAGUACCAGCAGCCUCAAAUCAACGGCUUAUAGUGGAGGAGGUGGAGUGGAGAAAAGGACAUACACCCACGGCAGCAGUUAUGUGACAGCCAGUGGAAAUGCUAGAACGAAUACCUCCUCUUCCUCCUACAAGCAAGCCAUCACUCCUUCUUCUACUCUUACCAAAUCACCAGGCUCAACCUUUGAACGAAAAACCUAUUCCACUCGCCAUGCAGCAUAUGAAGGGAGCUCCAGUGCAAAUUCCUCUCCAGAGUUUCCAAGAAAAGAUUUUGGUUCCUCUGCUACCAGGGGACGAAGCCAAACUCGUGAGAGUGAAAUUCGAGUGAGGCUGCAGAGUGCUUCUCCAUCAACCAGGUGGACAGAAUUGGACGAUGUCAAACGACUACUUCGGGGAAGUCGGUCAGCUAGUGCUAGCCCAACUCGGUCCCCAUCAAGCACACUCCCGAUACCUAAAAAAGCUGUUGUGGAAACCAAAAUGGUGACAGAGAGCAGCCAAUCAGUGUCAGGGACAUACGACACGACCAUCUUGAAUGCGGCACUCCCACCAUACAUGUGGUCCUCCACCCUGCCUGCAGGGUCGUCUCUCGGUGGCUACCACAACAACAUGACUCAAAGCUCUUCUUUGAUGAACACGGCAGCACAUUCUACUGGAUCAGUGUUUGGCGUCCCAAACAACUUGGCUCCCAGUUCCCCAGCUCUGCAUGCUGGUCUCAGCAGUUCUUCCACAGUAUUUGGUGUUCAGAACAACCUGGCUCCAAGCACACUUGGUGUUGCCAAUACUGCAACCACAACCGCAGCAACAGCAUAUGGAGCAAAGAAAAAUACAACCCAGAGCUAUGGUGUGACUAGCACUGGUGUGUCCACCUCAUCUACAACUGCUGCCACUACCACAGGCUCUCAGAAUGAUGACAUCCUGCGCAAGGACUGCAAGUUUCUGCUCCUAGAGAAAGAGAACGUGGCUCCCAAGAAAGAUGUGGAGCUGCUGAUCAUGACCAAGGACAGUGGAAAAGUUUUCAGUGCUUCCGGCACUGGGCUCAGUGGAGGCUGUUAUUCAGAAGACACCCUAAAGAAAGACAAGCAGGCUUUCUCUUCCUCUUAUGCUGGAGAUUCCUAUCUGAAAUCAGAAACAAAUGGAGGACUAAGAUCUAUUUCAACAAAGGACAAAGCUACUUAUGCAGAAAUCCGAGGUGAUGAUGGAUGUGGUGGAGCAGGAGCUGCUCCAGCCUGGUGCCCCUGUGCCUCCUGUUGCAGCUGGUGGAAGUGGCUCUUAGGCUUGCUGCUAGGCUGGCUGCUUCUCCUUGGUCUACUCUUUGGGCUUAUUGCUCUGGCGGAAGAAGUGAAGAAGCUGAGAUCCCGGGUAGAGAUCCUUGAAUCCCAAGCCAGCCGCUGGCAGGUUCAACCCAACACAGUUGAAAACGUACAUUCUGUACAUUCUGAGAGAUAUAAAACAGUACAGGGUGAUAUUAGUGACGAUCAGUUGUGGUUUUUAAUGAAGAAGAGGCUGGAUGUGGAGCGAAGCAAAGGUUAUUUCCAAGGAGAACCAGGACAGAAAGGUGAUAUGGGCACCCCAGGUAUUCCUGGCAUCCCUGGGCGUGAAGGACCAAAAGGACAGAAAGGCAGCAUGGGUGAAACUGGCAUGGAGGGUCCCAUGGGACAAAGAGGGCGAGAGGGACUUCCUGGACCUCGUGGGGAGCCUGGUCCACCUGGAUUUGGACAGAAAGGUGACAGAGGUACUCCUGGCGAACCAGGACCUCAAGGUCCCCCCGGUGCCCCAGGUUCUGUUGGUCUCAAAGGUAUGAUGGGUUCACCAGGUCCCCAUGGUCCUCCUGGUCCUCCUGGGCUUCAAGGAUUUAGAGGUGAAGCUGGUAUCCCAGGUGUUAAAGGUGAAAGAGGAGCCACGGGAGUACCUGGGAACAAAGGAGAUCAAGGGGAAAAAGGACCCCGUGGUCUUACAGGUGAACCAGGUUCCCGGGGACUACCUGGACCUACAGGUGAAGCAGGAGCUAAAGGAUCAGUAGGUCCACCAGGACCAGAUGGACGGCAAGGCUCCAGAGGAGAGCAAGGUCUUAUGGGAUUGCCAGGCCCACGAGGCCCACCAGGACCUCCUGGAGAUGCAGGGCAACCAGGUCUCACAGGACUUCAAGGACCACCAGGGCUCACGGGCAACCCAGGCCGACCAGGAGCUAAAGGUGAACCUGGAGCACCAGGCCGAGUUACUACUUCAGAUGGUGCAUCAACUAUUUCUGUCCCAGGACCUCCAGGUCCACCAGGGGCUAUUGGUCCUCAAGGCCCACCAGGUGUCCCAGGUCCUAUUGGUCCAGCUGGACUUCCUGGAUCUCAAGGUCCUCGUGGUGAGAAAGGUGACCCAGGUGAAGCCACCAUUGUGGAAACUGUCCGUUCAGGAGUUGGUGCUUCAGCUGCUCAAGUGGCACCAGAGAUGCAAGGACCACCAGGACCCCCUGGACCACCAGGACCUCCAGGCGCUUUUGUUCAAGGCCCACCAGGACCUCGUGGUAUACCAGGUGAACCAGGUCAGCCAGGUCUACCAGGAGCCUCUGUGUCAGGUGCUGGAGUUGCCAUCCAAGGACCACCAGGACCACCUGGGCCCAAAGGAGAGAAAGGUGAUGCAGGUGUACCAGGAGCUCCAGGCAUCCCUGGAGGAGCUGGAUCAAGAGCAUCUCAGGGUCUUCCAGGUCCCCCAGGUCCUCCUGGACCUCCAGGCCUAGGAAUCAGUGGAAUUAGUUCGGCCCGAGACAUUCAGCUGAUGAUCGCUGAGUACCUGCAAAGUGACAGUGCAUCCUAUCUGGUUGGACCACCUGGUCCUCCGGGACCACCAGGAAUGAUUACCGCCAUUGGUGAGGAAUCCUUGGACUACACUGAAUUGGCCCGCCGUGUGGUGAGCUACAUGUCUGGAGUGGAUGUUCGCCAGUAUUUCAUUGGACCCCAAGGUCCCCCAGGACCCCCUGGGCCCCCUGGACUGGGAGGAGACAGCUUAUCUGUGUCCCUGGACUAUGAUGAAUUGACAAGACGGGUUGUCAGCUAUAUAACAAACUCAGAAUUUGAUCGCUUUGUAGGGCCACCUGGGCCACCAGGCCCACCAGGCAGUGCACUUUCCUCCAUCACUGCAGAGGACAUCUCCACCUACUUACAAAGUUUGGGGUACUUCACACUUUCUGGACCCCCUGGACCACCAGGCCCACCAGGCCCUCCAGGACCACCUGGCUUGUCAGGAAGUGGCCUUGUUUCCUAUGGUGAUGAUCUUUGGACUGACCAGUUCAGAAGUGACUUGAUCAAGUACAUUACUAGUGACGAUGUUCGUGGCAUCAUCAGAGGACCCCCUGGGCCUCCAGGACCACCUGGUGUAGGAGGAGAUGGCAGCUUGAUGGCUGAAUCUUACAGAAGGUCUCUAAAUUCAGAUGGGUCGUAUGGCAGGUCCGUAAGUUCCGCCACAUCCUAUGAUGCAUCACUUGCCACAGGGGGAUCAUACAGCAGCUCAUUGGGAAGCAAUGGAGCAUAUGGUGGAUCUCUUGGAGCUGGUGGAUCACUUGGAGCUGAUGGAUCAUACGGUGGAUCUCUUGGAGCUGAUGGCUCAUAUGGUGGAUCUCUUGGAGCUGAUGGUUCUUAUGGUGGAGUGCUUGGAGCAGGUGGAUCUUAUGGUGCUGGAGCGGGCGGAUCUUACGGUAGUUCAGCUGGAGCAGGUGGAUCUUAUGGAGGUUCAACUGGAGCAGGUGGAUCACAGAUGAGAUCAACAGGCGCAGGAGGAUCCUAUAGUGGAUCAUUUGCUGGGUCACUGGAUUACAAUGAGUUGGCAGCCAGAGUGUCGGAAAACAUACAAAGCCGAGGGCUUCUGCAGGACAUGAUGACUUAUGCUGUGCAAGGACCACCUGGGCCUCCAGGGCCUCCUGGCAUUCCAGGCAUCAGCAGAGUGUUUGCAUCCUACGGCAAUAUCACUGCGGACCUCAUGGAAUUCUUCAGAACUUAUGGAACUAUCCCAGGUGCACCUGGACAGAAAGGAGAGAUAGGAUUCCCAGGACCCAAAGGUGACAUAGGACCAAUGGGGCCCCCAGGCCGCCAAGGCCCAAGAGGACCAAGAGGUGAAAAGGGCGAGAAAGGUGAAGCAGUGUAUGUUGGCCGAAGGAAAAGGAGAAGCAUUGGGGUCUAAUCUAAGAACACAAAUUUGAGCAGAAGAUUCCUCAGUUGCUUAUGGUAGCUUUUUUAUCUCUUGCCUAAGAUAUGGGUGGCUUCCAGUAGUACAUAUUGAACUAAUGGCUCAUUUGCUUGUUGUCCCAUAUGAAUUGGCUGGAACAGAGUAUAGCCCUCAUCUAAACUCAAGGAUGUUAUAACAGCAUAGCCUCAAAAGUUGUAACUUACUCCCCAGGAAACUCACAUCUCAGUUUCUCUGGAUGAAGAUAAGCAUGAGAAAUCUUCAACAGAAACUCAACCAAAGUUGAAAGGAUUGGAGUCAGCGGUUAUGUAUCUUCCCUUGAAGUAGGAGAAAGCAUAUCCAAAAUUAUCAAGAAUCUGGAUUUAAGAGUAAAGGCUAUGCCAGUUGUGAUAAUACUCAAAUAUAUGCUAGCAGGAUGCAUAACCAUAGGCUAUGUUUUAUUAUUAUUAAAUCCACUUAAUCUGUUAUAAAAUGCAUUGCAAAAAUGUGAAGGACCUUGGGGCUGUUAGCAUUUAAGCACUUUGCUGGAAACAAUUUUUAAAAUGUUUGCUGUGGUUUUAAUUACUAUAAAAGUGCCCUUUUAAUAUAAAGCUUCCCGAUUAGAGCUUGUUUACACUCUAGCCUCA